AUUAUCAGGACUUUUGAUCACCUGUGAGCGUUUUGACUGAAACUUGUUUUAGUAUUUUGUCACAAUUAUUAGUAAACGCGGUAUUACAGACUAUGGAAGGACAAAUUAAAACAUAUACAUUUAACAUGGAAAUGAGUUGUGAGGGCUGUGCUAAGGCUGCGAAGAGAGUUUUAAUGACUCUUGGAGAUGCAAUUAAGGAAAUCGAGACGAAUGUUGAGAACAAUACAGUCACCGUUCAAACCACAUUACCUGUUGAUGAUGUUUUGCACAAGCUCGAAGAAACGCAGAAGAAGGUUGUUUUGGUCACCUCCUAAUAAUAUACAAACUAAAUAUUCCAGAAAUACUUGUUACUAUUAAUCAAACAUGUGGGUAGUUGUUAAUAGACAUGGUAUACUAUCUCUAUAACCAACCUUAUAAGGUUGGUUUAGUAAUUUGUUAGUACGAACUUUAAGAUCGUGUGGUAUUUCUAAAUAUGAGGUGGUCCACUGCUGGUGCUACAUAUUUUUGUUUAGACAUUUAUAGUAAUUUGUACUCACUAGUCGACCGGAUCCGGUCGAUUUAUUUAGAUAUAAAGUUUGUAAGGUAUGGGAGAGCUGAACAACCAUCUAACUCCAUUUGUGCCGUAUUUUGUCAACAAAACACAAGUGCAAAUAGAUCAACCAGUUUAUACUAGCUAGUCAUAAAACACUGGAUAGAUAACUUACUAACCAACCAUCAGGCAUAAAACAGUUCAAGUUAGAAUGUUCAGGUCUUUAAAUCAUUCUUAGUAAACUAUUCAUAGACACCAGACUUGUUUAGAAAAGUGGUUCCUUACUUUUCAGGUUCCUUAAAAAAUAUCAAGUACUACAGUAAUAUAACUAAUUGUUAGGUGUAUAAUAUUUGGUCACAAGCGGCGUUCAAAUAUUGCCCACCAAGAACGAAACUACAGAGUGAACAACAAUGAUGUUAAGGAAAGAGUUAUACAUACAGAUUGUAUUUAGGCCAGAUGAAUUUCCAAACAUCAACAGGUUGUUGGGCCAUGUACGAACCUAUCCAGCCACCGCCUCUAUGUUGACGGAUAUAUAAAUAGAAUGAAAGAAUAUUAUUGGGUGUCAGGUCAAGAUAUAUCAUCAGUACCUGAAACUAUAGGCUUUUUGGUUUAGCCGUAUUGAGAUUCCUGAUUGGGGGUUGUAGGUGACAAAAUAUUAUUCACUCGCAGUGGUACAUGUACCUAAAUUCUUUAAUGCGCCUUUCAAUCUUAAGCCUUAUCGUUUUAUUCACGCUUUUAAAACAAUAUUUCCCGUCUAGUUCCCCAUCAAUCGUUAGGUUCUACCCUAGGCUUUUCCAAAACCAUAUUUAAUUUUGAGGUUGUAAAUCAAACCACCCAGCUCAGAGGACGAAACUCUAACUAAAUUUUAUUUCUUUGUGGCGGUGGGUAGUGCGAAAGCUUAUCUUAUAAUAGUCUAUGACUAAUGCACAUCUAUACACUAUCUCAAUUCCAGUUAAUGGACCAGUCUUCACCUAUAGAGUUCCAUUGUUGGAUAGUUGAUCUCGAAAUUUCAUUUUUCUUUUAAACACUCGUGGCAUUAUAAAGAUAGUAAGGCUUAUUCAAAAUGAGUUUUGAGUAUGAAGGAAUUGGUUGUUAGAAAUUAGUCAUAAGUAAAGAAUCUAAUUAAGAUAUACAGUCUUUAAUCUUAUUCGGGCAAAAAAAGUUGGAGCGUCAGACGAUAACAAAUUUGAGGAGGCUCUACUACUUAUUUUACGAUACUAAACUAACGGGUUUUUAUUUUCUGAAAAUGACACAAUAUUUUGAGCCGAUAUGCUGAAAUACCAUUAUUAUUCAAUUGUGAGAUCUGAGAUCAAAAGCUAAAAUAUAGAUCGGUGAUUGAUAAGCGCCACACAAUUUCCUAGUAAUGGAUCAAUGCAUUCAUAUAUAUAUAUAUACGUUGCCUACAUCUUCCAUAAAUUUUUAACGAUCUGAAAGCAAAACAGAUACGUUGCAGAAAUAACUAUAUUCAACAACAAAUAAAAGGUAUAAACAAAAUUUUAGUCAAUCUUGACAAAAAAGUAAAGCAUAGUUAUUUUCAUAGCAUACGAAGUUAACCAAACAGAUUUUGGUGAGUUUAGAAAAGUUCCAUGAGUGUAAAAAUGUCCAACAAGAGAUUCUUUCGAUUGAGUGUAUAUGAAAAGAAAUAGUAAGCACAUUUUAUCAUUCAUUUUUCGUUUUCUUAAUUGAUUCUGAUCUUUUGUCAUCACCAGUUUGAUGAGGCGAUUUCAUCAAUGAGACAUGUUCUUUUGCAUCAUCAUUUUCAAAAGAUCCUGCGAACCAAAACCCUACUACUAGUAUUAAACCAACAAAAAUCAUAACAGUGAACAACACAAUAACUCCAAGCAAUAUUACGAGAGGUUUCCCGAAUUCUUUUUGUAGGUCCUAUAGAAAGUGAUAGAAUAAAACUAAGAAUGUAGAUACAUCAGUCGUCACUGUCAUAGCAAAUAAUAAAGGAAAAGAAACUUAAUAUAUAUUUAAUCCAUUCCAAUACUACUUUUACCAAUAUUACGUUACCUGGGAUGUCUCAAUACUUCGUACGUCUAGGUUUGAGUAGUAAUGUUUUCUCGCUUAUUUUUGAAACACAUAUACGGGACUCUGCUAAUGAGGAAAUCAAGGUAUCUGUAACUGUAUUUUCGUACUUCAUACUUGUGAUGCACAUCCUUAUUGUAGGACGGAUUUUAGGGAAGACAAUUUUGAAACUGUGUAACAGUUUAGGUUCACUGCCACGUACGUAGCGCUCGGAGCUCAGGUGGAACGCUAUGCUGCUUACCAUAAAAAGCGAGUGUACCAUACAGCAGUUUGCUUUAUAACAUUUUACAACUGAAAUAUCAUCUGUAGAAAUGGAAAACACACGUAGGCUACGAAUAUUUGACCACAAGUGUCUUCUAGGCACUGUUAGUGCGUUAUACAAUUGUCAGCGAGACAAGAAAUAUUGUAGUCGGCAGCUUUUACGUAGAAACGGUAAGUCAACUCAUGAAAAGUAAACAAUUAAAAGCUUAUUUUGUUUAGAUACGUUUUUGGGUGGUUGGUUGCAGCCUAACACUUGAUGAUGUACGUUAAGAAAACAAAAGAGACCCUAUCUUAUAUAUUGAGACGAUAAGUGAUUGCGACUUGUCAGAUGGGAUAACGUCUAACUCCCAGAUCUUAGCUAAAAUAUUAGUCAACCUAAUCGCUAAAAUUGGACCACCAUCCUUAAAAACUUCUGGAACCAAUCCAUCUGGACCAGCUGCCCUUCCUCGUUUCAGAUUAACUAUAGCUUUUUGAACUUCAGCAAGGGUUGGGGGACCUACUUCAAUGUUUCAUUCACAGUCUGAGAAUGGAGUGUAGUUAUAGAGUAGCUGAAAGCCAGUUGAACUGUUCUCUAAAAUGUUUCGCCCAUCGUUCUAAACAAAGACUGGGAGCAGAUGAGAGUAUCGUCUUUUUCCGGAAUAAUCUCACACUUGACUUAAUAAUUCCAGUUUCUUUUAUUAGCCUAUAAAGCUGUCUUGUGUUCCCUAUAGUUGCCGCCUUUUCCAUCUCUUUUGCUUUCGUUACCCACCACUGCUCACGGUCGUUCCUUAGACUUUUUCUUAACCUAGAUCUGAUUUCUUUACACUCUCCAUCAUGUUCAGAACGUGGGAGACUAAGGAAACCAACUGUUUCGGUUUGGACACCCGGGCAUAUAUAUUUGGUACCUUUUCGUACAAAUGUUUAUGUGUUCAAAUAAGUAAAUAAACAAACCGGUAUUAACAGUAAUUACACAGAAGGAAUUAUGCACAAUUUUCAUGACACAACUUACACACAAUAAUUAGUUUGAAAAGGUAAUCCUAACUAUCACUUAGAGAGUUCAUUAGUGUCUCGUAUCUUUCAUCUCUUCCCAAGAGAUACAGUAUACUCAACUUUUCCAAAAGUCGGAAGCUUAAGACUAAUUUUUCAUUCAAUAUUAUCAAAAGUUAUUUGAACUAUUCCGUAAACCAUCCUACCUUUUGAUUCAGUCGUCUGUUUUGACAAUUGGCUAUUAUUCCUUUCUUUUUUCUUACUGAACGUUAUUAAAAUCUACCUAAAGAGCCUAGACAAUUGUUUAUUAACUAGUGUUAUUAUUUUCAGAAUCCUUAACUAGCGAUCCCAAGUCAAAAUCAUUCCACUGAUUACUUGUAAAUCUACAUUCAAAUGUACUUCUCAUCAUAUCUGAGAUCGGUUAGAAAAGCUAUGAAAUAAACAUUCAAAUGUAGAAAAUCCAUAAACAGACAUAAAUGCAAUCCAAUUUUAUUUAAAAUCUAACGAAUAAGAAUCGACUAUU